GCAUCCCUGGCCAAGCCUGGGGGCAAAGUCUGGGCACAACGAAGCACUUCUUCGCGAUGCAUGGGAAGCUCACGCCAUGGGCGCUGGGCAAACUGCCGGCCAACAUCUCGGACCCGGCCUCCCGAGGGAUCUCUCUGCUCCAGAUACAAGAGCUGUCUGCGUUCAUCAAGCGCUUGUGCAAGACCGGGCUGCUGCGGGAGGAGUCACAAUCGAGCACAGAAGGAUGCGAUUGGCUCCAUUGGGAGGACAUCGCCAUGGAAGAGAUCGCCAGUCUCAUCGUGAAGCCGGCCAUUCGCUUUUUGGCGGCGGAGAUUUCCAAGGAUGAUUCCGAUUCACGGCCACCGGAGAACACCUGGAGCUGGGUGGAGAUCGUGGCAUAUGGUCCGCAGGAUCCCAAGGUCUUCGUUUCCUUCAGCCUCCACAGUGCCUUCCGGGACUUCAUGGGCAGUGUAAACCACUUGGCAGAUGACCAGGGCAUGACUAUCCGCGACAACCUGUGGAUAGGCAUGUUUGCGCUGGAGGUGGUGGCCCCGUUGCAGGUCUUUGACUUGCUGAACUCGCCCUCCUUCAGCGCAUUUGCGAAGUCAGAGGCCACUGCGCUGUUUCUGGAUAAGCAUGCCAGUAUUCUGGAAAGAAGUUGGUGUAUCUUCGAGAUGGCCAUCAUUACCGACACGGCCAUCAGCCGUAGGAGGUGGAAGCUGAGGGAGGAAAUCGCUGCCCAGCAGGGAUGCAGCAUGUUUGAUGUAGAAGAACAGAAGGUGUUGCAACUUGAGAAGGAGAGAUACAAAGACUACCGCCAGCCCAGCAAUGACAUCUUCCAGUCCGAGAACGGCCGGCUUGACUGGCAGGUUCGAUCUGAACUGGCAGAAGGGGGCGACCCCUUCUCGGUUCCCUGGGAGGAAGUGCGAGAAAGGAUCCGUCUCAUGAAGCAGGGGGGUGGUAUUGAUGCGAAGCCGCUGCUGCUGUGCACUCCCGAUGGUUUGGUGGGCACGCGCCGCGCCACCUCUGUUCCUGUGCUCCACGCGUUGCUUCACUCCUUCUGUUGCAGCAAGUCUGACAGCGCUGACAAGGCGGAGCGACGAUUAGUGAUGAACUACAUCGCACAGUGCUACUGUGAAGAGGAUAGGAGCAGUGCCCACUUGCUCGACGAGAUUUGUACCACGGACGAGGGCUAUGCGCUUAACUCUGUUGAGACGGUCUCCGAGUCACUGCGAUUGGAUGGCUCGCCGGAGUACAAGCACGAGCACGGCCUAGUAACUGAUGAAAAGACCGCGAUGAAGUUCAAAAUCCUAGACCACAGCAUCCGACAGGAGUGCAGAAAGGCUCUAGAGGCGCGCGGUGUCAAAGAUAACUUUGACAACUGGAACACCAUCUACGACUUGAAAAGAGUUUGCAAUGUGAUGCCACCUGAGCAUCGAGCAUUAACCCUGUCGCAGCUCAGAAUCCUCGCCAACAUGCUACGCAGGCGCUUUGUGGAGUAUGGUGGGCGCCCGGCGUGGCACCGGGCCAGCUCCCGGGACCUUUGGAGCAAAGACAAGGAGAUCCACGUCUUGCGGGACAUCCUUCCUGCGAACUGCUCCUUCUCUGAGUGCUUUCAGACGCAGCGACAGCUGCCUGAUACCUACGUCAUAUGCCCUGAGGACGUGAAGCUGGUGGCGCUGUUUAACGCCAUCGAGCGCCACGCCGAGGCGCAUCUUUUGCCGGAGAAGACCACCUACUACGUGGAUUCCUUGUGUAGAAGGCGCGGAGAGCUCGAGAAGAGCGCGCAUGAGUCUGCGGAGAAGACCCAGCGGCUGUUGUCCAACACUGGGAGGGGCGUCCUGCUGAUUCUGGAUCAGCCCACAAGCCUCACCUGGCGGCAGAACGUCGCUAGCUUGUGGUGCCUGUAUGAGCUUUUCUUCGCUGACAGACAAGGCCUACUCUGGGACAUCGCUUGCGGGGAGGGCAUCAUCGCCAUGCGCGCCCCGCUGUCCACCAAGCGCUGGAUCUUUGGACAGUUCGAUUCGGCAAUCGCCUGGAACUUGUCCCGGAUACGCGUGAAAGCGGACAAGGCCAGAUGCACGGUGGCGGAGGAGAAAGACAUCCUCCUGUCAAAACUGAUGGAAUUUGGCCAGAACUGCAUCCGCGAAUUCGAGCACAACAUGACGGCGAAGGUACCCUCCAGAAUGCUGGGGCCGGUACUGCGCCAGGCCGCGUGCAUGCGGAGCGACGAGGACUUCCGGCGGCUGCGGGGCGCCUGCGACAUCAUGGCCAAGCUGCGCUGCAGUGGGGCACACAUCAACUUGGCCAGCCUGGAGGGUGGCUUUGGUGAGUCUGCCUUGCACAUUGCCUCUGCAGCAGCAGUGGAUGGCAACGCACAGUGCGCCCGGGCCGUGGAGAUGCUCGUCCGUAUGGGCAUGGAUGUGAAUGCGCAGGACGAUGUUGGUGAGACUCCACUGCACUGGGCGGCCAUGUCAGGCCGCGCCUGGGCCACCGGAUUCCUGCUGCGAAAUGGGUCUGAUCCCUUGCUUGCGAGCUGGUCAGGCUUUCGGCCCUUCGAUGUGUGCUGCACCGGGCCAGCAGCUUUCUUGGGGGUGGACUCAUCGAGAGUGUACGAGAUCCUCAAGGGGUGGACGCAGGCUACCGUGACUGCCGGCCGAGCAGCCUAUGCGUUUGAUGAUGAGGAGAACCACGACUUCGAGUUUGGCAGCAACAGCUCAGGCCGAUUUGCAUCGGAAGGUGGCAACUUCAGAAGACUGUGGAGUGAUUGUCGCAGCAAUUUCAAUACUGGGGCUUGACCAGUCCCGCGGGUCGGGUCUUGCUGAGCUCAUCGGUCCAUUCGCCGUUGGGUUAUCCUGAGCCAUAAAUCAAACGCA